AUGGCUUCCCACGAGAAAGACUUCCCCGCGAUUCGCGCUUGCAUUUUCGACAUGGACGGGCUGCUCAUCAACUCUGAGGACAUAAUCACAUUAUCCACGAACCGUGUUCUUGAAAAACAUGGAAGGCCGGCCUUUACUCAGUCAAUUAGAGCCCAACUCAUGGGCGUCCCAGACUCGACAAACGGCGAUGUAUUCCACAACUGGGCAAAAUUACCUCCGCUUUCUGGCGCAGAAAAGAUGUUGUUCAACCUCAGUCGUGCGAGGAGUGCUUCAUCUGGGGAAAGAAUCCAGCUGGCAUUGGCAUCCAGCACCAAGACUGAUACCUAUAAGCUAAAAACUUAUAGACCGGAGACGAAACGGCUGCUUGACAACUUCCAGGCCGAUAGGCGGAUCCUGGGUGACGAUCCGAGAGUGCGACAGGGCCGAGGGAAGCCAGCCCCUGACAUAUACCUACUUGCGCUAGAGUCUAUCAACUCAGUGGCAUGUUCUGGCCAGAGACCAAUACAACCUAACGAGUGUUUGGUGUUUGAAGACAGCGUGGCUGGGGUAGAAGCGGGAAGUCGCACCGGGAUGAGAGUUGUUUGGGUGCCGCAUCAGGAUGUGGCUGCUGAAUAUGAAGCAAGAGAAAAAGACGUGCUAGCUGCGAGGUCGGGAAUGUUCGGGCUCGGAGAUGAUGGGCAGCUAGGGGAGACUGACGAUGGCUGGGCUGAAAGCAUGUCGAGUCUGGAACAUUUCGAUUACAAGAAGUACGGCAUCAACAUGCCAUCCUGA